AUGGGCAUAAAAGUCCCUGAGAAGCUAAUUAAUUUCCCCCAAAACAGAAUCCGGAGCUGUGUCUAUUGGCGGCACCGAGAAAAUGCAUCAGCUCUAGGGAAUUCUUGUCCUCGCUGGCCUAAGAAUUGA